AUGGCUUCCGCCUCCGCCGCUCAGCCUGUCUCUAAGGAGCACCCCUCCCGAGCUUCGAGCACUUCCAAGACCGAUGCCGAGAACCCUGCGAUCGAUGUGAAUGGCACAGAGCACCCUUACCUGAAGGAACUGCAAAAGAGCCUCCGCAAUGCCGUCAAGAAGCUGAAUGCUACCGCUAAGACAGACGCCAUCAUCGCCGAAAAUCCUGGCAAAUCCCUUGAUGAGCUCGUGGCGGAGAAGAAGCUCAACGCUGACCAAAAGGCCCAGGCCUUGAAGAAGCCCGCCCUGCAGGCUCAGGUUGCGCAGAUUGAGGAGCAGUUUUCUCAUUAUAGGGAAUUCGCUGCGCAAUACGAGGAGCGCCUGGCUAGCCAGAAGGCGGCGCUGGAGAAGAUCCACCAUGAAGAGCUGGAGGCUGUGCGCGCAAACGCUGUCGCCGAUACAACAGAGGCUACCUCAAGGCUGCUGCGCCAGCAAUUGCUUACUCUCACCAAGUUCCUGUGCGCCGCAGCCAAUUCCCGCCGCGCUGGGGAGGAGUCUCUCGAGAGUCGCGCUCUCGAGGGCGUUCUCUUCCAGGUGUACGCUGGAAACCAGGACGCCGUCAACUCUAUGCUCAAGUUGAUUAACGGUGCUGACGACAAGGUGCCCUCGGUUGAGGGUCCGGAUUUGGAAUUCACUUACGGAGACGUGAAGCAGGCUUCCAACAAGUAUGCUCCCGAAGAUACCGAAGCCGUUGAAGCUCCCGCCGAGAGCGCCCCCAUCUCCGACCCUACUAUGACUAACGCUGGCCUCACCGAGUUACAAGACACCUCUGUCAGUGCUGCCGUGAGCGCGUCCGACGCCCGUGCCCACCCUGACUCCAAUGCGCCUCCCUCCCAGACUCUGAUCUCCGAUGCUGGUAACAAGGUCGCCGAGAACACCUACGAUCCCAAUGGCCUGGCUUCGUCGGCCACUACGGACAGUUGGGUCGAGGUCCCUCGUGACCUCUCUGAGACCGAGACUGGCCUGCAGGCCACCAUCGCCAACACUGACACUCACAAUGCCACAACCGAAGAUGCUAGUGCAGGCAAGGGGCAUUCCAAUGGGCGUGGUCGUGGACGCGGUGGUCCUCGCCGUGGAGACGCCUCGCGUGGUGGACGCGGACGAGGCGAGCGCGGCCGUGAGAACCGAGGCCGGGGUGGACGUGGCCGCGGUCGUCGCGGCGGUGCCAAUGGCUCUCCUGCAGCGACUCCUGCAGUGCAGGAGUAA